ACAAGUGACAAUUAAUGUGAAUUGUGAACGGACAAGUGACAGUUGUACAAACUAAAAUUGAAAAUAUUAUUUUUUGUGUUUGUUUUUCAAGUUUAUAACUUUGGUGUUCACUGAAAUUAGUUCGCGAUUUUUUUUAAAAUAUAGCAUUUAUGUUCAGUUUCUUUAUUACUUUGCAUUUGUUAAGUACAAUGACUAUAUUUUUGUAUAAAUAGCAUGUUUGUAAAGUAUAAACUAUUGUAAUUUGCAAUGGAUAGUUACGUUGUAUUAUCUUUUAUUGGCGAGGGAUCGUUUGGUCGUGUAUUUAAAGCUAAAUACAAGGAAACCGACGCUGUGGUAGCUUUAAAAGUCAUAAGAAAGAAAGGAAGGUCUUCCAAAGACUUAAAGAAUCUAAAGCAGGAAUGCGAUAUACAAAGGCAAUUGAAUCACCCGAAUAUAAUCCGCAUGAUAGAUAGUUUUGACACAGAAACAGAACUAGUAGUGGUCACAGAAUAUGCAGAAAAAGAGUUACAUAGCAUUCUGGCUAAAGAAGGAUGUUUGAAUGAAGAACAAGUAAAGAAAAUAACCUGGGAUUUAGUUUCAGCUUUGUAUUACUUACACUCGCACAGAGUGCUCCACAGGGACCUAAAACCGCAAAAUGUACUACUGGACAGCACAGGCCGAGCUAAACUAUGUGACUUCGGUUUGGCUCGAAUUAUGACAAAUGCCACACAUAUUCUGACAUCAAUUAAAGGGACACCACUGUAUAUGGCACCUGAACUAAUUGAUGAAAAACCUUAUGAUCAUCAUGCUGACUUGUGGUCGCUUGGGUGUAUUGUAUAUGAGUUGAUAGCAGGGCAGCCACCAUUCUGCACAAUGUCAAUAUGGCAACUUGUUCGCAUGAUCAGACACAAGCCUGUUCAGUGGCCAAGCUUCAUCAGUGCCGAUGCUCGCUCCUUCUUACAGGGACUCCUCCACAAGAAUCCAAUAAAAAGAAUGACAUGGCCAGAAAUUUUAGAGCACCCAUUUGUUUCUGGUCAUGUUCAUAUACUUACAGAGGAUAUACAAAGUGAAUCACCUUUCACAAAACCUUUAACACACAGUCAACAAGAAGCAAAACAAUUGCAAAGAGAAAAGAUCAGUAAUAUUGCUAGGUGUACAAAAUUAGAGGGAGAAUCCAGUAAAAAUGAGACAAGAGAACAUGAUUUACGAAAUGUUCGCGUGAUGCAAGCUAUGGAAUGUGUACCCAUUUCUGACGAUGAUAGCGUCAGGGCAACGAGUGCGUUCAGCGUUCGGGACAGCCUCAAAACUGACGAUGAAGAUCAAUCACAUCCUAUAACAGCAGUAAAUGCUAAACUACUUCGCCAUGAAUACAAUGUUAUGGAUAACUCCAAUCUUGUUGUAUGCAAUCUAGAAAAUAAUAUGGCGCAGUUAAUGGCAACUAAUAAAAAACAACCGGAUGCAAAUGUGAAUAAGAUGGACAAAAUUGAUGAAGAGAAACAUAAUGUUGAAGCUCAAGGAGAAAAACCGAAAUUGGAUUCGAAUGAAAGUAAAAACGAGUUGUUAGAUGUCAAACAAAAAUCCAAAUCGAUAGACACAGCAUCACAGAGUUUAGAAAAUCCUAAAAGUUCAAUCAAAUGCAGUAGCGAUGUGAGCUGCAAAUCAGGUCUUAGUAAAAGUGUGCCACCAUCUUACAAGCAGAAAAUACUUCAGUUUUCCAGAGACAAACUUAGAUUUGGAAGUGGUAGUAACAAAUUGACAAGGAGUAUAAAGAGAUCAUUCAACAUUAAAAGUUGGGAUAAAAAUAAAGGUGACAGCCUUAGACGUACAAGUGAACCAAAUGUGGAAGUACCAAGUAUUGUAACUGAUACAGAGAAAUGUUCUAAAGAAGAAAAAGACGAAGAUAUUGAAAAACGUGAAGUCAUCGAGGAUAUGUCAGAUGACAAGGACAUUGCUGACAAUGAUCGUAUUCUAACAGAAGAUAAAAAUGCAGUGAAAGAGCCUUCAACCAUAGAGUUAGAAGAAUGGGAAGCUUUCCUUAAUUCCAAUAUCAGCGAAGUCAUGGAUGGCGAUAUUGAGUCGCUCACGCAACUUAAUAUGGUGAGCAUGGUGGUGGGCGUGGUGGGGAGCGCGGCGCGGGGACGGCGCGGCGCGCGCGUGUGCGGCGCCGUGGCCGCGCUGCUCGCGCUGCCGCCGCUCGCGCACCACGCGCCCGCGCACACGCUGCUCAACAUACAACACGUUUAUCUUGAGGCAAAGGUGGUGUACAAUUUCGUCGGUGCCAUAAACACCCUGAUGAAAGAUAGUCAGGAUACUGACGAUGGGGCAGAUGACAGAUUGCAAGGCGUGAGUCGCAUGGUGGAGGUGUGCGCGUGGCUGUGCGUGCGGUCGUGCCGCGGCGUGCGCCAGUUCGCCACCGCGCUCGCCGCCUACGACGCAUGCGCCGUCUUCACCACGCUACUUACACUUUAUACAAAGACCUCUCGCAUCGCGUUAAAUAUUGUGGGCUUGCUUAUAACCGUACUUCAAGAUUUGCCGGAACAUGCCGACGUGGUUGAGAAGAUAAUAUUUGGUCACCCAACAUUUAACUUCAUAUGCCUGUUGGAACAACCAAGCGAUGCGCUCAGGUUGAGAGUUUGCAUCCUAAUUAGCUUACUUUGUACGUUCUCGUGUACAGCAUUUUCAGCCUACAUGGAGUCUAAGUGGACCAAAAAGGACCAAGAUUGUUUGGAAGCACUACACACUCAUUGCAACGUAACGUUGAACCGAGCAGCUAGGCUCGCUAGUAAAGAGCUUAGCAACAUGCCGUUCUAUAUUAGCUAGGUAUUUCGAUACUAGAAUUAGUGCUAAUUUAAAAUUUACUCGUAAUGUGAUGUUAUAAUUUAUCGUUUUGAAGCUAAUAGGUAUAAAGUUUAUAUAUUACUCAAAAUUACAGUUUACGUAAGAAAUCAGCAAUAAUAUAGUAGUUUCACAAUAGAAUUUUUAGUCCGUGCAAAUAAAUUGAAUAGAAAUUUAAAUAAAUUAUUUAGGUUAUGUUUGAAGAUAAUUAUUAAAUACGAUGAAAUACACAGUACAGUCCUUAUGCAUUUAUAAAGUUUAUAGUAAAAUACUGAAACCUUUACAUGUUUAUGUUAUAUUAUGAAAUAUGUAUUACCAUUAGUGAUGUAGUUUGGUAUAGAGGGACCCUAUAUCAAAAAUUGUUAGGGGCUUUCAGGGCAGUGCGAACUUUUAGGCACCCGCUUAGUUUAAUGUAGUAUGUGCCAAGAGUGACUCCUGAAACUGGGGUCCCGUAUCACCUAUAGGGCUGAUAUGACGAUAUACUUACAAACCACAAAAGGUAUAUUUAUCGCCUGAUUUACUUCGUGUAUUAAAUCAUGAACGUGGAAGUGGGGUUACGCGUAUAAAUUGAAAUCACAGCUCGGCAAAGAACUGAACAUCAAGACUGAUUUAAUUAGUAGUUGUUAUGUGUCACAAUCGUUUUAAUACAAUAGGUAUUUAUACCGCCACUGUCCUUUAAGGGCAGUCAGAGGAAUGUCACUUCACAAUUAUUAUUUCCGUCCCAUAAUAAAGGUGAUUCUAUCUGCAUUUAUUGCAUUAAAACAAAUAUCUACUCAAUUGCGAUGUAGUAUGGUAUAUAUAGGUAUAUAUACCGUAGUAGGUACUCAUACUCAGAAAUGGGUGCGCGGAAAAUGUGCAAAGUAUAAGCGUAUAAAAAGGCACUUAGUCUGUGCGGAUGAAAUAAGCCUUUUGUGUCAUAACUGACUUGCGCGUUAUGGUGUAGUGAUGACUGCCUUGAAACUAGUGUUCGCCGUUAUUAGAAGAUUUGAAACGUGUAUAUCCAGUUUAGACAGUCCAGCAUAAAUGUGGCGACUGGCGAGGGACAACUAUCUUGUCAAUCUAAACUAUCUGUAGACACAUCUUUUAAUAUUAUGUGCAAUGGAGUCACAUUUAUAUCAAAAUAAAAUGGUUGGGAAUUUCUAACUGUUACAUAAUCGGUUUUUAAUUUUAAUUUGUCAUUUUAAUAAUUGCAAUAUUUACUUCCUUAACUUUGUUAAUUUCAGUGUUUGAAGUAAUUAUUUUUUGUACAUUUUCUUCCUAAUGGAAAAUCGCCCUAGAGGAAGGAUUUAAAACAUUGAUUAGCUUAAUCAUAAAUAUAAUUGCGUUAGUAAGUAAGUAUUUACUUUAUGUGGUGUCUAAGAUAUGAAAUACGACUCACAUGCAAUUUAUGCGUAUCGAACGUGUGUCGCAUGGUCUCCUUGAUCUUAUAGAAAGUUGGACUGCUGACUGGGACACGCUGGGGUGUUAGAUUGUCAGGUCAAGCAGCACUGUCUGGGUUUAUGUAAGCCUAGAUCGAACCUCGGGCCGGUUGUGAAAACUAGGCAAUAGAGUAUUUAUAUAUGUUUUUUUUAUUUUUUACAUUAUUUUGUAUGUAACAGCAUAUAAUACGAUAAAGAAGCCCUUCUGUGAAAACUGCAUUAAAAUUGGUCAAAAAAUGUGAUACAAAUUUAUUUUUUAAUACUGAAAUGCGCAGCAGUGGGCGCAUAGGAGAUAUCUCAUUUUUUUGCAAGCAUCGUAAUUCCUGAUGACGUCACGUGCGCGUAUUUCGCCACUCGCGUUGGUUUGACACUUACCCCUACUGAUUAUAAUGAUAAUGUAAUUUGUGCACAAGGGCUCAUUUAGACGGAGCAAUAAUUCUUAUAGCAAUAAUUGUAUGCAAAUAUUGAGCAUCGUUUGAACAUGCGCAAUCUUGUGGUAAUUCUAGCCUGCAUUGAGGCCCGUAUACCGCCAUUUAACAUAUAUUCAAAAGACGAUUAUUUCUAGCAAUAAUUGCGUACGAUUAUUGCUAGCAAUAAUAGUUGAUCAGUCUAAAUGAGGCUUAAUAGUAUUUGUUCACAUGUUGCUUUUUAUUGACAGUUUUUAUUCCCAAUUGCGAAUCAUAUUUUCGGACAUUACAUACUUAAUUUUAGGUUUGUAGUUUCAGGGGCUCAUUCGCGCUGUAAAUAGAAUUAUAAUAGGACAGCGCAGUUUUAUCGCCUGCUAAAUAUUUUACUGUUAUAAUAGUAAUACAAUAAUAUGAUAAUAAAUAAUAUUUAGCAA